AUGCCGCGCACAUAUGGCAAAGCGAAACAAACCCGACUAUCCUUCGCUCCGAUAGCCUUGCCGUCCGAUGACAACGAUCUGGAACUGGACGAGGAGAUGCGGCAUCAAGCUACCCUACGUUAUGGGCACCCCUCAAAGCCAACCCGGACUACUCAACCUAAAUCUGGCAGAGCAGCAGACAGGGAAACAUCACUUAAGCCCUUCGUGGUGACCAAGUCCGCACUGGAGGAGAAUACUUUGUCUGCAGAGCUGAAAGACACCUCUCGAAAAUCCCGGCGCAAGAAAGAAGAGAAGAAGGAUAAGGACAGGAAAAGAAAGAAGGAAGAGAACACAGGGAAGAAGAAGAGCACCUCUCCGCCUCCGCCAACUCCCGAAACCCUAAAUCAAGAGAUUGCAGCUGUGGCCGAUGAGAGUAGCGAAAGCGAGAUGGAUAUUCAAUCUAGUGUGCGCAAGAAUGCGACACGUCGAGCUUUGAAACGGAAAAGAUCGCCUAAUCCAGAUGAAUCAAAUCAUCCGUCCCCAGAGAUCUCAGCCCCCGCUGCCUCAGAGGAAAGUGACGAAGAAGACGUUAUAUCGCGACCUCGUAGGAAAUUGAGAAGAGGAACAGCCCCUCCAAAGACUAUAGUUCUCGACGAUAGCUCAGAAGAGUCGGAAAGUCCAAUCCCCUCAUCUCCUGUAAAACGACUACGUCACAAAACAAGUCCCGUGAUACCUCAAACUCCGCGGCGAAAUUUAGAUCAAGAUGAACUUGAUCUCCAGGAAGAUCUUCAAGAUCUUCAAGACUCCGUGGUCAGGGAAACGCGGACUCGAGGACGGCUAGCGAAUUCGGCCCGGGCCCAGCGACAAAUACAUUUGGAUAGAUUGCGUCGUCGUAGGGCCAAAGAGAAACAAGACGAAGAUGAUGAUGUACAAUCGGGGUCAGAGUCUGCCCAGUUAGAAUCCGCAGAGGAGAGUUCUGAUGAAGCGGAUAGCGACGGUGAAAGUGCCAUCAAACAGCCCCGAUUCCAUUUAAUGAGGGAGGAAAGUGACGUUGAGUCUAGCAUUGCAAGUGAUGAGGAUUUGGAUCGUUAUGAAAAGGACUUUGUGCUCGAAGACGAAAACGACAGACUUGGCGUGCCCGUGGGUAUGGAAGACAUGCCUAUUGAAUUUUCUCGGCAUUCGUAUAAACAGCUCAAGGAUUAUUUCCAGGAUGCUGUGGAGUGGAUGGUAUUCAACCAGCUCAAUCCUUCGUUUCCUCGGUCGAGUCCCAUAUACAGAGUCGCUUUCGAAAAGUUGGAAGUCGAAGUUCAGGGGCGCACCGGAUCUCAACUCCUUUCCUCGGUAUGGAAUACCAAUUUCCGCAGGGCACUCCUGGCACGUCCGUAUGUAGAGGAAACAGCCUAUCCUACAGCCGAGAAUCAUCCAUGUGAUGCAUGCAAUCGAUCUGGCCACCCGGCAUCGUUCGAUAUAAAAAUUUACGGAAAACCCUAUUCAUUCGAAACUCUUGAGCCGCUUGCAAACGAAGAUAGUGAUGAGGAGCAAUCAGCAGAGGAUGACCUCGAAAGGGAUCGGGAUGGCCAUAUUUUGCCUGAUGAAGAUAUAAGAUACUACCUAGGAAGACAUUGCAAGAAUAAAGCUACAAUGGCCCACACGCUAACACACUGGCGAUUCCAUCUCAAUGAAUGGGUCGUCGACCACCUUCAGCGCAUGGGCUAUUUGUCUGAUGAAAAUAUCCUUGAACGCAGCCACUGGCGCCAGAGACGGAAGGAGAAAUAUGCCGCCGAGGCAGUAGGUACGAUGAUUGAAACCGGCGAAGUCAAGAAACUCUGGCAUGACUUCCAUGUGACAUUGAGAACAGCCAGAGAAUCCACGACACUCGGAUAA